ACAGAACUUUCAUUGCAACGCCUAAAAAUCAAGGAGAACACUCAGUCCUGCUAGCCCCAAUGUUGAGGUGCAGGACAAAAUGUCUAAAAGUUGCCCGGAGCUGCUGAGAGAAGCAGCAAAUUUGAUUGAGGAAGCUCUGAGCAGAAGUCCAACGGCUCCCAGCAGAUACCGGCGUUCAAUCACGUACACCUCUCCAAGGAGAGCUCACGUCCUGCCUCUGGUCCAGUCAUCCCCUGCAUCACUUGUCAGAAGGAAGUUCCCUUUUCAGAGAUGAAGCUGCACAGAUUGAGCUGCAAUGGAAUGGAAGCUUAUUAAAGAACCCACUCAAGCUGCCAAAGUUUUCAAAGGGAAUCUGCUAAGGGAACAUGCAACUGGGAAACCACUUAGAAUGAAGAUGGAUGUAAGGGACUCUGAAGAGGACAGGGAACGGGAGCUUCUCUUAUUCUAUAAACAGCAGCAAGAAUGGGCAUGUCCACUUCAUUGUACUCUGGUUGGUGAUGUUGCUAUCGGAGAGGGAGUGAUGCGGUACUUUAUGACAACAAUCAUAUCCAAACUCCAGUUUGGAUUCAGUCUAGAUCUUGGAGGAAUGGGCCGAACACUGCUAUUUGAGGGUGAACCUGACCAUCUUGUUCCAGCAGCAUCAGAGGCACUUAUUGAAAGUAACCUCUUCCGGGUUGCAGGAAGGAUGUUGGCCCACACCUUUCUCCAUGACAGUCCCCAUGUCACAGGAUUAAGUCCUGCUGUAAUUCAUGUACUGUUCAAUGGGGACUCUGAAAUGGCAACUGUUGAUACAGAAGACUGUCCUGAUCUGCACAUCAGGAGCAUCAUAGAACUGCUUGAACAUGAAGAACUUACACCGGAACAGAAGGACACAGUUUCAGAUCUUUCCAUGUCUUGGGAUCUUCCGGCCGUCACCAAAACAAAUCGGAGAUGGCUGCAUAACAAACUUCUACUCCAUGCAGUUAAGGAUUUGGGCUGUAAUAUGGGUCUGUCUGUCUCUUACGUCGUUGGGAGGACCAUGCGCCAAAUUAAACAGUUGAGAAAGGGACUGAAAGAUGUGAUGGUAUGACCCCUGCUGACAUCUUGGCCAGAUGUUGUCCCACUUCUUUUCCCCAAAAUGGCUGAAAUGCAGUUUACACCCCAGAUGCUCCUAGAAAAAAAUCACAUGGCCAGUUGAGGACAGUGAUGAUGAAGACUUUGACUUAGACACCACCUGCCGCAUCACUGGCUUUCUAAGGAUGUUCAUUGAAAUAGCUUCAUCAGGUACUCUGGCCCAGCUGCUGACAUUCUGGGUUGGCUGGGAGAUGCUUCCUCCUGAACUGAGAGUGGAGAUUUCUGGGGGAACCCUUCCUACGUCCUCCACAUGCUUUGGAACACUAAAGCUGCCAGCUCAUUUCAAAAUCGACAUGGACUUUGAGAAAGCACUUGUCGCUGCCAUAAAAAGUACUGGAUUUGGGCUUGUUUAAGUUUUUUCAGACAGAUGUCAAUUAGGGCUGGGCAAUGUUUCAAUAUUAUAUCUAUCGUGAUAUAAGACUAGAUAUCGUCUUAGAUUUUGAAGAAGUGUAAUAUCGUUACAUGGUAAGUUUAGUCUUCUCCUGGUUUCAAAGGCUGCAUUACAGUAAAGUGAUGUCAUUUUCUGAAUUUACCAGACUGUUCUAGCUGUUCUAUUAUUUGCCUUUAACCACUUAGUCAUUAUAUCCACAUUAUGAUGGUUAUUUAUCCGAAAUCUAAAUGUGGAAGCUAUUUUGUGAAUGCACCAAUUGUCAACCUUACGAUAUCGUUGCAAUAUCGACAUCGAGGUGUUUGGUCAAAAAUAUCGUGAUAUUUGAUUUUCUCCAUAUUGCCCAGCCCUAAUGUCAAUGCAUACACAGUUCAGAUGAAUUGACACAAGUUCAGUGUCUUUGAAAACAUGAACACACUGUAUUGACAGUAGUAGUAGUAGUAGUAGUAGUAGUAGUAGUAGUAGCAGUAGUUGACCUUUUUUUUUAUUCUACAUAUUUUUUCCAUUUACUGAAAUCAAACUGUUCUGCACCUUCAGUGCUAACAGUACAGCAUUCAUGUUAGUCAUUCUGUGGACCAUAAUGAGGAAGGAAGCUUCAAAGAAACAGCUUUUUUUCCCCUUUCUUUUUCGUUUUUUAAAAGGAAAGCAAACUUUCAGUUUUUCCUUGCUUGUUCUAACACAACAAAUAAAAACAUGGUUUGGA